GUGCUUCAAAGCGCUGCCUACUGCCGAAGCUAUUAUUCACUGUGUUCUAAUUCUACGUACAGACCUGAAACGAAGGGAACCAUGCCACCGAAAGGAAGACUACCACGCCGAAACAAGGCUGGAAAGAAUGAACUCAAUCUCGAGGCUGUUUCGGAAGAGCGGAUUGAUGCUGUAACUGCAGAACCGCUUGAUCCCGUCAAGUUUAUCGAGGUUUUGAGCCCCGAUCGGACACUCCGUCUCUUCUACAACACAAGCACGCUCAUCCGUAUCGCGCUCGACAAAGGCGGUUUCAUGCAGCCGCCGCACUUCCGCGAGCCGAUGUCGAAUGCAUUGCGCAAGCGAAUCGAGAGCAUUGAGGGCAAGAAGUUUCGCUUUGAGUCGCGCAAUUCAAUCGUGCCCACCGAUGAAGGCGGCGAAGGAAACGGGGUUAACAUACUGCACCGGCAUGUGUACUUUGAUCAGAUCAUGGACGAGUUUUAUCUUCUGAGCCCAGCCGAAGUGUAUGUUUGCCCAGUGUGCUACGAACACUACAUGAAGACUCGCUAUUUGCCCUCUCAGCUAGCGGAUCAGCGAACGGUACGUCAUCUGCGCAAUGGGAAACCCGUGGUGGACCCACUGAAUGUCCUCUCAUCCAUGCAAGGGGAGGAUCCCGUAGACGGCGAAAACGACGGAUCUCCCAUUGCUCUCAAUGACUCAUGGGACAACAUACUCGCGCACAUUGUGUUCCGAAAAGCGGCCCUAUGGAGAGCGCACAUGGAAAAGCACCACGAUAUCAACGGCGUCGGCGCUGGCGAUUAUCGCCUUCGCGACGUUCUCUGCACAUAUUACAAUGAUUACAAUCAAUGGAAUGAAGAGAAGUACGAGGACGAAAUGCGACAGUAUGGUGACUCCAAGAAGCGGACGGCUUUGACACAGCAGCGGUAUUGGCACAUCAAUGCCAGCUACAACCGACUUCGCUACAAUCGCGUGGUUGUCGCCGCUGAACUGGCUGCAGGGCACCCGGAGGCGGUGACUGAAAGCGCGUUCCCCAAUGAGACCAUAGCGCAUCACUUCAACCCCGAAGAUGAGAAUGAGGACGACUUCAUUGACGAUGACGAAGAGAGCGAAAGGGACGACUACAUACGUCCGUAUUCACCGACAAACGACGGCUUUAACGACGAAGAUUCAGAGGAAAGCGAAGAGAACGACCCGCUUCCCGCGAGAGGCCGAAAACGCACACGUGAGUACACUGUGGCAAGUGAGUCGGACUCGCAAAGCUCGUCCGACUCGGCCUCAACAGAGACCUCAUCCGGCGAUUCGGAAUACAAUGCAAGAGUGAGCAAGCAGCGUUCUUUGUUUAAGCAAGGACUUUUAGCCGAGCGGGAUUGCUACUACUCACGUCUGUCAGCGGAGGAUCGACGCUUUGUCGAAAGGAGCCAACGCUCCUCCGUGGCACCAAGUCAGUUGUAUGACCCACGAAUGCAUCAGGGUCCGUCGAAGAGCAAUGCAGUAGAUGAUGACGUUGACUGGGAGAACAUUGGCGAAGUCCUUCCAGUCAAACAUGCUGCGAAACUCUUCAAGUCAGAAGCAAAGGGUCUUCCACCGAAGGAACACUCCUUAACGCCGGCGAGGACGACUCUUCUGCUAGACGACGAUGACACAAAAACGGCGUCUGAUCCAAUCGCUGCAAAAGCAAGUCCUAACCAUGUGUCGCGUCUGCUGCUCGAUGAGGACGACUGA